AUGGCACCAACACUUUUGAUUGAAGGCGUGUCUCGUGUCCAACAUCGACACGACACUGACACACGUCCUUAUCAAGAAGGCAUAUGGAAGAUAAGAGUGGAGCUACCUGAUGCUUAUCCUUAUAAGUCUGCUUCUAUUGUUUUUGUCAACAAAAUUUACCAUCCUAAUGUUGGUGAAAUGUCUGGUUCAGUUUGUUUAGAAGUUAUUAACCAGACUUGGAGUCCCAUGUUUGAUCUUGUUAAUGCAUUAGAUCCAUUGAAUGGUGAAGCUGCUUCCUUGAUGAUGCGAGAUUGUGCUGCAUAUGAACAAAAAGUUAAAGGUAGUAAUCCUUGUUAA